AUGGCCAACAGAACCGUUCCUACCAACUCUAACUCUUACUAUAGCUAUGAAUACUAUAUGGACUAUGUGGAUCUUCCACAAGUAGAUGAAAGAAAGCUGAAGGCUAACAAAUAUUCAAUCGUCAUUGCUUUUUGGGUUAGUCUUGCAGCUUUUGUGGUGCUUCUCUUCCUAAUUUUGCUCUACAUGUCCUGGUCUGGCUCAGUUCCAAUAAGAGGUGCUCGUUCACACCGUAAGUGCCCAUGGAAUCAUGUCUUCAACUUGCUAUUCUUCAUCCAAAAGGCCAGAAGCUUUCAAAAUAGCCCCAUGACCACCCUGCAGCCUCAGAGUCAAAUCAAAGAACUCGAAGAUGGCAGUUCUAACUAUGAGCAGCCACAGGGCGAUAACUGUACCCCAGAUUCCAUUCUAAUCACUGACCCUGACAAUAUUUCUCCUUUACAAGAAAAUGCACAAUAUAGAGGUCUGGUGGUCUGA